CCGGUCUCAUCCCGGAAGAUUUACAUUUGUGCUCCUGACACGUAGCAGCCGCAAACAAGUUGGCAGAGCUGCGGACGGACUCGUCAACAGCUAAGACUGAGAGAUGUCGGGGUUUGACAACUUAAACACUGACUUUUACCAGUCCAGCUACAGUGUAGAGGACCAAAACCAGGCCGCCUAUGGCUACAGCAACAGCAACACUGAAAACAAGCAAUACGGUCAGUAUGACUACUCCCAGCCCAUGGGCUACACUACCCCAGGGAUAAUGCAGCCUCAGCAGCCGUACAUGGGACAAAUCUUCCAGCCCGCACAGACCUACACUCCAUCCCCGGCACAAUCAUUGUACAGCAGUGGCUUUGAUGACGAGCCACCGCUGUUAGAAGAAUUAGGAAUCAACUUUGACCAUAUCUGGCAGAAGACCCUGACGGUGCUGCAUCCGCUGAAAGCAGCAGACGGCAGCAUCAUGAACGAGACGGACCUCGCGGGCCCCAUGGUCUUCUGUUUGGCCUUUGGAGCAACACUCCUCCUGGCAGGAAAGAUCCAGUUUGGCUAUGUUUACGGUAUCAGCGCCAUUGGCUGCCUCGGCAUGUACUGUCUACUCAACCUUAUGAGCAUGACGGGCGUGUCCUUCGGCUGUGUGGCCAGCGUGCUGGGAUACUGCCUCCUCCCCAUGAUCCUCCUCUCCAGCUUCGGAGUCCUCCUCUCUUUACAGGGCUUGGUGGGUAUAAUCUUAACUUCAGCGAUCAUCGGCUGGUGCAGCCUCUCGGCCUCAAAGAUCUUCAUCUCGGCGUUGGCCAUGGACGGGCAGCAGCUGUUGGUGGCUUACCCCUGCGCUCUCUUAUACGGGGUCUUUGCGCUCAUCUCUGUCUUCUAAAGAAAAUCAUCGCAUAGCAGCUGAAAAAAUAACUGCUCUCCAAUUUCUGUAAUGUCAGUCUAAUUAGUGUAAUUGUUGGCUAAUUACAGUGUUAUUACAGAAAAGAGGAGCUGCUGUUUGAAAUGGCACCAAGAUUUAUUUUUCUUUUAUGAGCCUCCACCUCUCACAGCGUUCCAACUUGACCAUGUGCAGGCCGGAGUGUAUCACCUCACCCAUCAUCUACUUUCCACCUUGCUUCCCUCAUGCAUCUUAAAGGAGAGGACUGUCAAAUCAACCUGGUGAAGAAUAACUCUCCCGUGCACCACGUUGGGCCUUAAAGGGUCUAUUGCAGUCCGAUGAUUUUAAGGACAUGGAGGGGAAGGAAGUGAGCAUGAACUUCACACAAUGAGAACCCGAGAGUUAGAUUUUGGCACAAGUGGGAAAAGGUUCUCAAUUUCCAAGGCGGACAGAUGACCAACCCUCAGCAAAACCCUGCUGGUUUAUUUGAAGCCAGUGGAAAACGCCAUGUAUAUCGAUUUUUGCUCAAGCUUUUGUGAACCAUUUCUAGAAAGUAAAUUCCACACCUGCAAGAUAAAGGGAAGCAUUCACAUCUGUUCUGUGCAAGAUUACAGCUGCUCUCUCUACCUCUCCACCCAGAAAGGAGAGAGAAGUAUCUUCUGUUCUCUAGGACUCAGGAGCCACGAAUCUCACCAUAUGCUCAUCACAGCAGCGACCUGAUCCUUGAUAUAAAAUCAGCAGCUCUGCUUUUCUCAUGUAACAUUUUAUUGCAUUCUCUUGAGAUUCAUUCCAGUUUCGAUGCCUUUCAGGAAGACGGAAGUACAGAUUGCACACAAAACUCGUUCUAAUUCUCAAAACCUAACAAAAUUGAAAAUAUAUUCAGAACGAAUAGUUUGAUACUAAAUAUGUCCAUGUACCGACAUAUUGUGUCUGUGUAGUUUGCACCCCUUACAUUUCUUAAAUCUUUAUUAGAGCAUCAGCUUGCUUUGUAUGCUUUGAUGUGUCAUCUGUCAAUCGUGUCUUCUCGUGUACAUUAAAGUUGUCUGUGAAGGUUUUCCGCAGUGUGAUGUUGAAUGAUACAAUCUAUGGUCGAGCAGAUAAUUGUAAGCGGUGGCCUAAACUCUGAGACUGAACCCUGGAUUUUAUCAGGCCUCUUGACCUCCAGUGCUCACUGUGUGGCAGAGGAAAGUCCCAUGUGCACAGGAAGAAGUGGGUGAAUGAUUCGAAACGCCAGUUUCCAACAACCUGUGGAGAUUCUAUCACAGCUGAUAGGUAGAUCAUAGGAAACAGUCUACAUGCUUUUUAGCCCACGCCAUUGCUUUAGCUUUUUAGAUAUGGAAGAUCAUUUUGCAUGAAAAGGGUUUUCUUAUGCUGGAUAUGUUUGCACCACCGACUAAAGUUUGUUCAGAUAUUCAGCGUCGUUAAUAACGUCUCCUUUUUACUCCCCAGACACAAAAUACAAGAGCUCAACAUUUACAUACUCAAAAUACUGUAACAAAUACAUUGAAGAAUAAUCCUGUACUUGUGUAUACACGCCACCGUGUCAUGUUUUCUGCAGAGUGUUGCCUUUUAAUCAGCACCUAUGGAUUGGUUCUUGGUGAUAUUACUCACAGGAGUUUUGUAAAAAAUCGUGGGAUAUUUUGUCAUAUCGUCAUUUUGAUCACUACAAAUAUAUCUUUGAGAGCAAAACCCACAAUUCAGGCUUCAAAUUAGGAUAAUUAUCAAUGUUUUAACUCUUUAGCAAAGCUUUACAAUACAAAAACUCUGUACAGUAGGUACCGAAAAAAAUGUUAUGCUAAAAACAGAAUUGUCUGCUUAUUCUAGAUCCCUCUGGGUUUUCAUUUUCCCUAACAUACACAAACUGCAAAAAGGGAGGGCUCCUUAAAUGGUUGAUAACCCAGUUAGGCAGGGAUGAAUAAUUCAAAAAUUUAGAUUGAGUGCUUUUUCUAUUCCAGCAAACUCAACAUCAAGGAGAUGCUUUCCAUUUCAAGCAAACCUAGCAGGAGCUGUUCAGUCUCAAAAGGCCACUUUCUCACAUAGCCACGCGUUUAUAUGUGCAUCUUCUACAUAUAUAAUCUGUUUUGUAUAUCAAGUUAAAAAGACGGUUUGAUAUACCUAUAUUUGUAUUUGUAGCGUCAGAUUCUUAUUUUCUUUUUGUAUGUAUGAAAGUGUCCAGUGUCGCACUUCCACAGGGAUGCAUUUGGGUUCUCUCUAAAUAAAACAUUGCUGGUACAUGUCA